AUGAGCGCUUCUGAUUCUUUCCAUGGAUGGGCCUGCAAAGGCAAAGAUGCACCACUUGAAUGGACCGAAUUACCUUUGAAGGCAUUUGAUGCUGAUUCUGUUGAAAUGAAGAUUUCUCAUUGUGGUAUUUGUGGUUCUGAUAUUCAUACAAUGGAUAGUGGUUGGGGUCCUACAAACUAUCCUUGUGUAGUUGGUCAUGAAAUUGUUGGUGUAGCUACUCGUGUAGGUGAAAAUGUUAAGAAAUUCAAGGUUGGUGAUCGUAUUGGUGUGGGUGCUCAAUCCUUUUCUUGUUUAAAUUGUAAUAAUUGUAAGGAUGGUUAUGAAAAUCUUUGCGAAAAUGGUUUGAUUGGUACUUACAAUGGUAAAUGGCCUAAUGGAGAUAAAACUUUUGGUGGAUAUGCUGACAAAUGGCGUGGUCAUCAACACUUUGUUUUCAAAGUACCUGAUCAUAUGACAAAUGAAAUCGCUGCUACUUUCUUCUGUGCUGGUGUUACUACUUAUGCUCCUCUCAAACGAUACAAUGUCAAGAAAGGUGAUAGAGUGGGUGUAGUUGGUCUUGGUGGAUUAGGUCACUUUGGUGUACUCUGGGCAAAAGCACUUGGUGCUGAAGUAGUCGUCCUUUCUCAUUCUUCACGUAAGAAACAAGAUGCUUUUGAUCUCGGUUGCAAUGAAUUUGCUGCCACUGAUGAAGAAUAUGCCAAACACAGAAGUUCUUUGACUCAUAUUCUGUGUACAAGUUAUCAACAAGAUUUUGAUUGGCCCAAGUAUUUGGAUUUGCUCAAACACAAUGGUACUUUUAUUCUGGUGGCUGCACCUGAAACUGCUUUGAGUGGUAUCCCUCCUUUCAGUCUCAUUUUUAAGCAAAUUCAAUUGUCUGGAUCAGCCAUUGGUUCUCCCGCUGAAAUUGAAGAAAUGUUGGAAUUUGCUGAAAAACACAAUGUCAAGCCUUGGAUUAACAAAUACAAGAUGACCGAUGCUCCUACUGCUGUUCAAGACUUCCGUAAUGGCAAGCCUAGAUAUCGUAUUGUUUUAGAAAAUUAAUUUGUUGUUAUUGUUUUUGAAUAUGGUAUGAAAUAAAAAAAUCAAAUGAUUUUGAUUGUG